CCUUUCACUCAGAAGACACAUACACAUCGCCCUUCAACAGCACAACUCAUUCUAACAUGACUCUCUCUGAGGCUACCCCUAACACUGUCGUAAGUAUCACGUCACCGUCGCGUCCCACGAACGGCCCAGCUGACCCCACCGCCUCCUCCCAUGCCCGCCGUACAGCCCGAGGCAAUGGGCGACCGUCACUCAAAGAUGCAGCCCGCUGGGUCCUCCGGCCCUAACAAGGACUCGAUGCGCCUUCCAGACGGCGCUUCAGCCCUGGGCAACGAGAUCGGUGGUGAGGCUGACGCCCGUCGUGAGCGCCUCCAAGCCCUCGCGGAGGGUGACAAGCUCCCCCCCGCCAACUCCACCCGCAACACUGCGGCCGACCUUGGUGCUGGCCAGCUCAACGGACAGGACCAGGGCAUCUCCGCCCCCUCAAUGCAGGAGCGCCAAGGUGCCCAGCAGGAGCGUAACUCGGAGAUGCAGAGCGGUCAGCCUGACCUCUUGAACAUUGCGAGGAACAGCAAUGCGACUGCGGACAAUGCGCCCAACAGGAACCGUGACGAUGUUCAGAGCACUGGUGCUGCCAACCCCAGCGACCUCUUGAACCGGGUGGGUCAGCACCAGGGUGUGCCGUCCAGGACCGGCGCUGAACAGGAUGGUGAGAUCCUCAGGGACGCUCCCACCAAUGCUUGAGUAACGGAGAACAAACAGAAGAAAUCAAUGUAGUCUUAGCGCGAAUAACAUAGCAUGACCACACGAGUAUCCGUAUAUUACAAUCGUUGUAUUGUGCGAAGGCAAAGCGCACAGAUCAUGCUGCCGGCGCCCCGCCUUGUCCACCUGCCGCAUUCGUAGGCGCCGUCCCACCUGGCACUCUCCUCACUUCCUCUCUAUCCUCGACCGGAGGCGGCGCAUCUCUUGCGCCUAUUCCCCUCCCUCUCGCCC